CCAGGGCUUCCAGGGUUGACCCGACGCUGGGCCCAUGGCGUCUCCACUGGGGAGGGGAGUGGAGACCCCCAACCGUGGCCCAGGGCCGCUCAGACCCUCGGGCCCUGGGGUGCCCCUCCCCAUAGCGGGAGCAUGUUCCAGAAGGUUCCACCACCUGGUGAACUUUUGAGAGGGCCAAGGAGCCUCUGAAAUAGCUGCUUUGCCGAGAGCCCCAGAACCCAACCCCCCCUGGGGACAGCAACCUGAGAGCUCGGCAGGUCAUACGGCAUUACUGUGAGGGGCACAGGACAGCCCAGUGCCCAGCUGCGGGCCCCUUCCCUGUGCCCAGACCCCCACCCAACGGUGAUGCUCAGGGCCACGCACAGACCCACCUCCAGCCGGGCGCCCUGAGGGCCUGGAAGGGGCGGUGGUUGCCCCGCCCAGAGUGGGAGCGUGGGCCUCCCUCAGCUCAGGGCCGGCUCCACGGUGGUUGGCGACCAGCUAGGAGGAGCAGGGCCCGCUGGUCUGGGGUCCAGGAGCGUGAGGCAAAGCCCCUGGGCCUUGAGUUUUGGCCGGAGGAAGGGGCCCUUCAGGUAAACCAGGGAGGCUUCCCAGAGGAGGCAGCUUCGAGAUGGGCCCUGAAGGGUGACACCGGGAGUUUCCCCAGCAGCACUGAGGGUCCGGCGGCUGCCAUGGCCACCUCGUCUGAGCAGAGUGAAGGAACGGGGUGGUCACUGACCCCUUGGGCCCUCGUCUCCUUCCAUGACACGAGGUCACUACCUCAAAGUGGCCAGCUAGACGCACUCGGACCUGUCCUCCUCGGGGGCCCGGGGUCUUCCGUGGGGCCCAGGAGCUGGCACCGCGCAGGGUCCCAGCCCACUGCCCCUCUCACCGUGCACAGCACCAAGCUGGCUCCUGUCCACAGCAGGCCCAGGAUGGACGAGGACUUCUCCUCCCAGGUGAAAAAGGUGGCCUUGGCCAUGGGCACGUCCCUGUCGGACAAGGACGUAGAGCUGCUGCCCCCGGACAUGAGGCACCACGGUGCCUUCAACUACCUCAGGUUCUUUGAAUACAUGCGAAGGUUCCAGGCCUCGGGGCAGCUGGAGGGCGCCAUCCACGAUGCCUUCCGGACCCUGGACAAGGACAAGAGUGGCUUCAUCGAGUGGAACGAGAUCAAGUAUGUCCUGUCCACCAUACCCAGCAGCGGGCCCACCGCCCCGCUGACAGAUGAGGAGGCCGAGGCCAUGAUCCAGGCGGCUGACACGGACGGCGAUGGGAGGAUUGACUUCGAAGAAUUUUCUGAGCUGAUCAAAAAGGAGAAAAUUCCAAAGAAGAAGUAGCACCAUGCCCAGCCCAGCGAGCGUCCCCGAGGGGCAGUGGGGACCCCCGAGCACCCUCCGAGGAGGCCGU